AUGGCGAAUCAAAAGCUAAAAUUUCCAGUUUCGGUCUUGUUACUCAUUCUGAUUGCCUGUGACGGGAAGCGACUUGGAGCCGACAGAAAGCCAUGCAACAAGUUGUUGUUUUACUUUCACGACAUACUCUACAAUGGAAGGAACGAGAAGAACGCAACUUCAGCCAUUGUGGGUUCUCCUGCAUGGGGCAACAAGAUCAAGUUAUCAGGGAAGAACCAUUUCGGAGACUUGGUUGUGUUCGACGAUCCUAUUACGCUGGACAAUAACUUGUACUCAACCCCAGCGGGGAGAGCUCAGGGUUUCUACUUUUACGAUAAGAAGGAGAUAUUCACGGCCUGGCUUGGCUUCUCUUUCGUGUUCAACUCAAGUCAUCUCAGGGGAAGCAUCAACUUCGCCGGCGCCGACCCUUUGAUGAACAGUACCAGAGAUAUCUCCGUCGUUGGUGGCACCGGCGACUUCUUCAUGGCCAGAGGCACUGCCACUUUGGUCACCGAUGCUUUUGAGGGUGAAGUUUAUUUCAGACUUCGCGUCCAUGUCCACUUGUACGAAUGUUGGUGA